AUGUUCGGUGGCUCUUCAAACGCUCAUAAAGACAAAACCAGUUCAAUUGCACCUUCCACUACAACUCCCGCCAACCGAACAAACAAUACCGAAACUUCUGCCUCCUCUCGCGAGGGCAAGGGCUCAUCUAGCGAUCUCUUCAAGCGAUCGAACGAUAAGCAUCAGAACGGAGACAAGAAGCGGCGGGGCAGCUCCGUGAGCAGGGCUGCGGCGUUCCUCGUGAGCGCAAAGAACUCAUUGCAUAUCCCGGGCGUGCGAGAAACGCAAAAGGCGCCCCAGGUCGCGCAGACGCCACUGCAGAUCUUGGGGAAAAAGGACCCGGCAUUGAUAGUUCCGCAGGGCUCGUUGAAUAACUCAGCAGGAGAAUCACUACCUACUCCGCGUUCCUCCUUUCGAGUCGGGGUGACGGAAGACAAGAACAAAAAAUGUCGACGGACUAUGGAAGACACCCACGCAUACCUCUAUAAUUUUCUAGGGACACCCAUUUCUAUACCCCAAUUCGAAUCAACGCAGACUAGCCAGUCUAAAGAGCCUGGCGGUUUGGAAUCCGGCAACUCAACGCCUGUGAUUGAAACAGAUAAUGGAUAUUUUGCUAUCUUCGACGGUCAUGCAGGGACCUUUGCUGCUGAAUGGUGUGGAAAGAAACUACAUCUUAUUUUGGAGGAGACUAUUAGAAAGAAUCCGAAUACACCAGUCCCCAUACUCCUUGACCAGACUUUUACUCUGGUAGACCAGCAAUUGGAGCAGUUACCAUUGAAAAAUAGCGGUUGUACUGCUGUCAUUGCAGUCCUUCGAUGGGAGGACCGGCCGUCGAAUUCGCCGGUCUCCACUUCGGAUAACACGAACAACAAGGCUCUGAGCCCAGAGUUAAAAGGAGAAAAGGAAACAUUAAGGAUACCGAAUAAUGUCACUACCGCUACUCCUUUAGGAAGAGAUUCAAAGGUUUCUCUAAACGCUGAGACUGCCUUUGCUCGCCAACGGGUAUUAUAUACUGCCAAUGUGGGCGACGCGAGAAUCAUUCUCUGUCGUAACGGAAAAGCUCUACGAUUGUCCUACGACCAUACGGCAGUGAUGAGAAUGAUGGGAUGCGGAUCAUCAAUGCUGCUGGCUGAUAUUGAACAACCGUGUCAACGGCGUUCUUGCUGUUACUCGAGCGUUGGGGGACACCUAUAUGAAAGAUCUCGUCACAGGCCAUCCAUUCACAACGGAGACGAUCAUCCAACCAGAGGCUGA